GGCGUAUCUUGCCUCACCCUUCCGAUUCUGGCUGGCUUUGACAUCUUCCUGCCAUCCCGACUGCCUGUAGUUGAAACCCUGCUUCCUAGACGGAUAAGUGAAGGAAGUGAAAUGACCACUGUCAAAUCUCUCCCAUUGAUGGUGAUUGGUGCUGGUUGUUGUUGUUGCAGUUAUUAUUAUUAUUAUUAUCCGAUAGUUUGAUGAAUGUUACUCUAUCAUUUUCAAUUGAUGUACACUGAAAUCAAGCGUAAGUAGUUAUAGUAACACAGUGGGAUACAGACAAACCAAGGCGAUGAUUUCCAAAUGGACUGAAAUCCCAACUUCGUUAUCAGUAUUAUUGUUAUUAGUAUCCCUUCCGAGUGCAAAACUGGGCUUAAGCAACACAUCUCCACUGUACUUGGUUCUCUCUCAUCACUAUCAACUGCUUCCACGAAUCCCCACAAGUCUUCAUUUCCUCUUCACAUGGUCGUCUGCAACGUCCCAACCCGUGAUAUUCAGGACCUGUGGUGUGAUGUUACCUAACUAUCUCUUCACCAAAUGUCCAAUCCCUUUGUCAUUGUCAUCUGAAUAUUUACUGGGUAUUAGAUCCUUGGAUGGUUUGCUACCGUGCCAGAGUUUCCUGUUGCCUAUCCCUUCUAGCCGUUCAUCUUAUCUUCAGUAUCUAGCGAAGGAAGUUAUUUCCCUAAAGUCUGGUUUUGAUGACACCCGUACUAAGUCUCUCAACCAUAUGAAAGCAUUAACUUGACACUAGACCACUGAUUUCAGGGUAAUGAAGGCCUGUCUGGCCUUUCCAUUCGUGUCUGAUAUCCUGCACUUGAAACGAUGAUAUCUAGGUCAGAUUAAUAAAAGACAGAUCUCUUCCUGAUUUUUUCACUUUAUGUCAAAUUCUGUACUCAUAUGCCAAUCGUAUCCUCCUUUACGACUGUAAGACCUAGCCAUUGAAAGUGGAAGACAUAGGAAGACUAGCUGUCUUUGACCAAAAAUG